UAGAGGGAUUAAGCUCCCUAGUGUUAGCUUUGAGACAAUUUUUCCAUCCAGUGUAUUUGCAGCAAAUCCGAUUUAAACCACGGGUUCAAUCCCAAAGUCGUUUAUUUUAUUAUUUAUGAAACGGCCGCUGCAUACUCCGCAAGACCUAACAACUGCCCCAGAAGACUUUGCAAAAUCGAAAGUGAUUAUUAAAGUUGUAGAAGUUGCUGUUUUAUCUUUUGUUAAACAAUUUUACGGGUCUCAAGCAUGGUUUUCGUGAAUGCGUUGAAGCCACUUUGAAUUCCGCAACGUCCCAAACAAUUUAUUUACUCUGGUUCCCUGCCUUUGUCCUGCGAAAAAUCGAUUCCAGUUAUCCUGUGCCACCGUGCUGUCAUAUUCCCGAGCUUUCGCUUUCGUAUUGCAGUGAAAGCAAAGUAGAGCGACAGGCCGUUCGGUCCAGGUGUAAUGAAUUCGGAGUAGAGGACGUUGUUUUCGCCAGGACUCUCGCAUGAGCCAAGAUGAUUGUUACGUCCGCUUUGGGCUUGGAUAGCACUCCGACGUUGGGCACCGUCGAGGUGACCACGCUGUUGGGCGCCUUUUUCGGGGUCCUCGUUCUGCUGCUCCUCCUGUUCCUGUACAUCAGUCGCAAGUGCUGUUUCCACUACCGCCAUGCCAUUAACUGCUGCGACGAGCGCCACUUGGCGGCCAAGUGCGUCCAAAAGAUCACACGGAAGCGACGCUACGAGAACACCAGUUCCGACUCGGAGGAGGACAUCCUGCGGCGCCUGAGGUGGCACCAACAGCACCAGCUGGGCGAGAAGCCGGGCGGCUACGGGCUGGGGAUCAGUCAAGCGAAUCCGCUGACAGCACAGGGCUUUAACUACCAACAGACCGGCGCUGACCUGCAGCGGGUCACGGUGACGCGUGACCCCUUGGCCACCGCCGAGCGGGGCAAGGUCGGAAUCCCGUCUUCGCACAGCGAGUGCAGCUCAAACGACUCCAUGGAGGCUUCCGUGGACAGUCAUACCGGCAUCCUUAUGGCCGUGAGCAAAGCCACAGCCCCUCACCCGGCAACAUCUUUUCGCAAUCCGUAUGCGGAGCACCGAGCCAAGACGCAGGCUCUAAGGUACCAACACAGGGUGGAGGUGGCUGCCCCACUCAAAAUCGAAAAGGAGCAGGACAGUGUCGUCGUGGUCCCGAUCGGCAGCACGUUCAGCACGAGCAAUAACAACCCAAGUGCUACGACCAACAACAAUACAAGCAGCAACAAUAACGAUGACGAACCCCUGUUUGACACCAGCGAUCUUGGCUCGAUUAAAUCGGAUGACCUACUGGUAGGGAUUGAUCCCAAGGUCCCAGCUGUCCAGCGCGGACCCAUCGAGCUAGAAUUGUCAUUGCUGUACGACGCCCCCAUGCGGAAGAUGACUGUGCACGUGAUGCAGGCUAGAAGCAUUCCGCCUCUAGGCAGUGGUCAGCCCACCCACACGCAGGUGCGGAUGCUGAUGCUGCCCAGCAAGAAGCAGAAACUGAAGACCAAGAUCCGCAGCGGCGAGAACCCUCAGUACAUGGAAAGCUUCCUGCUGCACCGUGUUAACCCGGAGGAAGUGAACAACAUGGGCCUUCGGGUGCGGCUUUACGGUUGCGAGCGGCUACGCAAGGAGCGCCUGAUUGGGGAGGCCUAUGUAAGCUUCGCGACUGUGGAUCUGGAGCUGGAGACGAACCUGUGGCUGCCGCUUGAGCCCCGUAACACCUCCUCAGGUCUGGGCUCCACCAGCGAUCUCUUGAGCUUGGCGCGAUCGGAUAGCGCAGGCUCCACUUCGUCCAUGCAACACGGUGGAGUGUCCGAGUUGCUGCUGGGCCUAAGCUACAACGGAGUCACCGGAAGGCUGAGCGUGGAGAUCAUCAAGGGCAGUCAGUUCCGCAGCCUGUCGCUAAACAAGGCACCAGACACCUACGUUAAGAUGGUAAUGGUUAGCAGCAUAGGGCAGGAGAUAUCUCGGGCCAAAACUUCAACUCGUAGAGGCCAGCCCAACCCCCUCUUCAAGGAGACAUUCGCCUUCCAGGUGGCCUUGUUCCAGCUCAACGACGUCACUCUGAUGAUCUCCGUGUACGCCAAGCGGCACAUGAAGAAGAACGAGAUGGUCGGCUGGUUCAGCCUCGGCCUGAACUCGUCCGGAUCGGAGGAAGUGGCCCACUGGGCGGAUGUGUGCGAAAUGCCUAAGGGCGAGAUGCUGGCCCGCUGGCACGUUUUGGUGGAUUCCUGAUUCGAGCAGCUGGGCCAGCCCUCUGGACGCAGCGGAAAGGCCCUCCGAAAGCUGGGCCUUACUGCGUUUAAGGACCGGUCCCGCGAGAAAGGUUCAAGUAAGUCGUGCCUGGAGGAGGAUACUGCUCAAUUCCCUGCAGACAAUGCGGUUGCAGUCGAUAUUGAGCCGGGCCUGGAACUGGACUUUGUUUAAAGCAAAGGUCGGUGUUUGUGAUUUGUUUUUACGAGGGUCGAUGCACUUACGACGGCUGUUGUCGUCUAGUGUUUGGCCCGGGAUGAGACAGACCAAAUGGUUUGGAUCAUCUGAUCAAUCUAGCCUAGACUGGGCCAUGAUGUAUUUGUAGUUUGGAAUCAAUUUGGCACACAUUUUGUUCAUAAAAUGUGAGAAAUAUGAAACACUAAAACGAAUAACUUAGAAUUUUGAAAUUUUAUACGCAAUGGUAGGUGCUACCUAAAGUGCAAUACCAGUACAUAAAUUACUACUCAAAAUUUGAAUUUUAUGAUUGUUUGUGAUAAAGAUUACUAUUUGAUUAUCUGAGGGGCGAAAAGAGUACGCACACGUACGUUUAUGCAUCUGUACUCAUAUACAGAUAAGUGACGAAUUUUUGUAAUUAACCUUUCUGCAUCUUAUAUUUAAAUAUUAAGCCCGGCUGCCCAAAGUCUGUUAGGACUAGCACUUUUUUAUUACAGAAAAUAUGAAAACCGAAAAUACAUACAUACAUAGGAACAAUUGUAGUUAAUACAAACAUGCAUAAAUGCGUCAUACCUGCAAGUUCACACACAUGAAUUGAUACAAUUAACUCUUGCUAUUUUGAUCAAGAGCUAUGCUCGUGUUCCAGUUUUGAUAUUCAGAGAAAGACAAAGAAGAAAGUAUCGGUACCUUAGAAUUCAAACGCACAAGACAUCUUCUACAUCAGAAGAACAGUUGGCAAAACAAAGUUGAUUCACAAAUUGGAACCUACAAUGUAAUACAUGCAUGUCGAUUUUAUUAGAGCUUUAUUUCGAAGUAAGCAUUGGACAACUGAGCUGGGUACUUGGGGUCCUUAGAUCGAAUAACCGACGACUUUAUCGGUGUGGUUGAAAUACUUAAUGCUCCCUUAAAUGUGAGCGUAUCGUUUAAGCAUUGAACAGCAUGAAUUACAUAAGUUUAACUUAUAAAGACAGUUACUUGAAAGCUUUAAUAAAUAUCUAAACUAAUUUAUUUUUAAAUUCCAUUUAAAUUGAAACAUGAAAAUCAAGAACUAUUAAGCUAUUGCCAUGCUCGUGCAAUAAACUUAAUAUUCGUUUGUAUGUAAAACCAUAUGAAUGUAUUUUGUAAAUUAAGUGCAUACAUCUUUUUAAAAUCUGUAUGUUUUGAGUGUCGAAUAUUUUAUAAGCACAUUUCAAGAGAAUGUGUGUUCGUUGUUCAACAAAUGCGAUAUAUUAGCUAGACCUACAACUUUAUGUUGUAUGGAAAGAGAGGCUAAAUAUAAUCAAAUUUUCGAGAACGUUAAUGUCAGUAUUAAACAUUUCAAAGCAGUACAACAGCGGUUAACCUCGACCCAAGGUUCGGAGAUAUUGUCAAAUAUUUCUGACUCUGAGCAGGAUCUCCCUCCAUUAAUUACAAGCAAAUAAAGUGAUCUCUUUUUUGAGACGGAUAACAUAACAUCUAUUUCUACUCCUCAAUUUAAACAAUUAAAUUGUCAUUGUUGAUUAUCAAAAGAAUAAUUUUAGUAUAACUUAAUUGCCAUUUAAAAUAAACCGAUAUUAUAUCAAAACCAAAA